GUUUAUCUUGUUAACUUAACCCCCUGGGCAACAUUUAAAUUAUUCCAUUUAAGUACUCGAAAAAGAAAAUUAAUGUAGUAUAGUAUUUCACAAUUUUAUCAAAAAAUGGAUUUACGUAUCAUAUUAAUCUUCGUAUUUGAAAUUUUAGAUAUUGGUUUCUAUGUAUUUAUUUUUUAUUGUUUUCUAAUUUAAUUAAGAUAAUUCCUUAGGUAUUCAUAAUGUUUCCAAAAUACUAUAAAGAGGAAUGGAGGCCAUUUAAAUAAUAAAAUUGUGGUGAAAUUAAAGAGUCGAAAUUCGAGUAAUAAACCCCUUUGCCCAGCGCCGGAGGGUUUUAGCUCUCUACCCAAAACAAUGGAUCCUCCUCCCCUUCCCCUUCCUUCCGCCACCAUUGCGCGCCAGACAUGGGAGCUCGAGAACAACAUCGUGACGACCGCCGCCGGCGACUCGUCCUCCGCCACUUCGGACGCCAUCUUCUUCUACGACGAGGCGGCGCAGGUCAAGUGCCAGCAGGAGAAGCCCUGGGCGAACGACCCCAACUACUUCAAGCGCGUCAGGAUAUCCGCCCUCGCGCUGCUCAAGAUGGUGGUGCACGCUCGCUCCGGCGGUACCAUUGAGAUCAUGGGACUCAUGCAGGGGAAGACCGACGGCGACACCAUUAUAGUAAUGGACGCUUUUGCCCUCCCUGUCGAGGGCACAGAAACUAGGGUUAAUGCGCAGGCCGAUGCCUAUGAGUACAUGGUCGACUAUUCGCAAACUAACCAACGGGCGGGUCGAUUAGAGAAUGUAGUUGGGUGGUACCACUCCCAUCCUGGUUAUGGCUGCUGGCUUUCUGGUAUAGAUGUUUCCACACAAAUGCUAAACCAGCAAUACCAGGAGCCCUUUCUAGCAGUUGUUAUUGAUCCAACAAGGACUAUUUCUGCUGGAAAAGUGGAGAUUGGUGCUUUUAGAACAUAUCCCGAAGGUUACAAACCUGCAGGUGAGCAAGUCUCUGAGUAUCAGACCAUCCCUUUGAACAAAAUUGAAGACUUUGGUGUGCACUGUAAACAGUAUUAUUCAUUAGACAUCACAUAUUUCAAGUCAUCUCUUGAUUCUCAUCUCUUGGAUCUGUUGUGGAACAAGUAUUGGGUGAACACGCUUUCUUCUUCACCUUUGCUUGUUAAUGCAGACUUUCUUGCUGGUCAGAUAUCAGAUUUAGCUGAGAAAAUUGAGAAAGCUGAAAAUCAAAUGGCUCAUACAGGCUUUGGGAACUUGGUUAUAGCUCCUCAAAGGAAGAAAGAGGAAGCUCAAUUUAACACGGUUACUCGUGAUAGUACAAAGAUAACUGUGGAACAGGUUCAUGGUUUAAUGUCACAGGUCAUCAAGGAUAUUCUAUUCAACUCUGUUCGGCAAUCUAGUCAAUCUCAAACUGACCCAAAUGGUCCUGAAGCAAUGGCUGAAACCUGAGCCAAUGACUCGGUAAAAACCUCUCUAAUUUUCCGACUUCAUGGUCCUUUCCCUCACUGUCCGGUAUGGAAAACCUCCGAGUUAAAAGCAUAAUUGCAACUCGUGAAGGUGGCUCCAGAAACAUCUAUGUUUUUCCCAAAUCAGUAGUAGACUUGUCUAUUCUCGUCUGUAAAUUGCUCGGUCUAAAUUGUUCUUGGAGUAUGAUUUUUUAUUAGUCAUAUAUGACAGUCUUAUGCAA